AUGUUUUUAGAGAAACUAACAAGCAGACAGAAACAAAGGCUUAAGAAGCGUUUUCUGAAAUCUGAUGAACUUGUUGAAAAUAGGACGCCUCAAAAGUCAUCUGACAGUGUUCCUGCGACGCAAAGUGGAUUUCUUGAAAAUGAUGGUGACGAACUUAUGGUUGAUGAUUUUGGACGUCUAUCGGAUUUGGAAGAAGACAUUGAGACAAAUGCGGAUUCUGUAGGACUUGUAAAUGAAAAAGAGGAUAUGAUAACAAACCUCACUUCCGAAGAUGCGAUUGGAAAGUCUGCAAUGGAUUCCAGUACAUUAGACCAACGCAUUCGGAACUGGCUUUAUAUCCUCUCCGAUUUCAAAAACAGAGCACCUGCAGACCUCAGUAGGAGUUUGUGUGUUCGGACUCUGAUAAGCGACUUAUGUUCUCGCUAUUCGUACAACCAGUUCCUUAUGGUGAAACUUCUUGAUUUGUUUCCCAAAGAGAUUGUUGAGGUUUUAGAAGCUAAUGAAGUCGACAGACCAGUGACCAUUCGCACAAACACCUUAAAGACACGUCGCAGGGAAUUGGCUCAAGCUUUAAUAAAUCGCGGUGUAAACCUUGAUCCUUUGGAACCGUGGAGCAAAGUUGGACUUGUUGUUUAUUCAUCACAAGUACCAUUAGGCGCAACACCGGAAUAUCUUGCCGGUCAUUAUAUACUUCAGGGAGCUAGUUCUAUGCUUCCUGUAAUUGCCUUGUCUCCCCAGUUAGGCGAGCGUAUCUUGGAUUUGUGUGCUGCGCCUGGUGGGAAAACAACUUACAUUGGCAAGUUUGCAGUUUAA